AGCGCACACCUAUCAACAGCCAAUACAAAUCAAGAAAUAUAACUUUGUUGAUGUUAGUAUAGAACGUUUUCGCUCCAAUCACAUAGUUAGAAAACGGUGUUCCAGGCAUAGCUCGCCCAAAUCAACAUCAGGUUUGGUUUCGCUCGCAUUACCGUGUGGAAGAGGAUUGUGCAGUUUGACAGGAGAGGAACUACUGCACUCCAUUUACGUCCCUAUCCCGCUCUGUCCAGCUGCACCAUGGGAAAGAAGAGUCGAGUGAAGACUCAGAAGUCGGGGACAGGCGCCAUGGCUGUGGUCUCCCCCAGAGAGAUGAUAAACCUCAUAUCGGAGCUCUUACAGAAAUGCAGCAGUGCUGCCCCUUCUCCAGGGAAAGAGUGGGAGGAGUACGUCCAGAUACGAGGCUUGGUGGAGAAGAUCCGGAAGAAACAGAAAGGUAUCUCAGUGAUAUUCGAGGGCAGCAGAGAGGAGUUCUUCCCGACGCUGAUGGCGUGGGCUCAGGAGAGUGGAGCGUCCUGCGAGGGUUUUGAGAUCGCCAACUUUGCUGGCGAGGGCUUUGGCCUCAGGGCCACCAAGGACAUCAAGGCAGAGGAGCUGUUUCUGUGGAUCCCCAGGAAGAUGCUGAUGACUGUGGAAUCGGCCAAGAACUCUGUCCUGGGUCCCCUGUACAGCCAGGACCGUAUUCUCCAGGCCAUGGGUAAUGUGACUCUGGCCCUCCACCUGCUGUGUGAGCGGGCUGACCCCUCCUCCCCCUGGCUGCCCUACAUCAAGACCCUCCCCGGGGACUACGACACCCCUCUCUACUAUGAAGAGGAGGAAGUACGCCACCUGCUGUCCACUCAGGCCAUCCAGGACGUCCUCAGCCAGUACAAGAACACCGCUCGGCAGUACGCAUACUUCUACAAGGUCAUCCAGACUCAUCCGACCACCAGUAAACUGCCCUUGAAGGACGCCUUUACGUACGACGACUACAGAUGGGCGGUUUCCUCGGUGAUGACCCGUCAGAACCAGAUUCCUACAGAGGACGGUAGCCGCGUCACCCUCGCCCUCAUCCCCCUCUGGGACAUGUGUAACCAUACCAACGGUCUGAUCACCACUGGUUACAACCUGGAGGAUGACCGGUGUGAGUGUGUGGCUCUGCAGGACUACAAAGAGAACGACCAGAUUUACAUAUUCUAUGGGACGCGGUCCAACGCUGAGUUUGUGAUCCACAACGGCUUCUUCUUCCAGGAGAACGCCCACGACAGGGUCAAGAUCAAACUGGGCGUGUCCAAGAGUGAACGGCUGUACGCCAUGAAGGCGGAGGUGCUGGCUCGCGCUGGCAUCCCCUCGUCUAGUAUCUUUGCCCUGCACUGCAGCGAUCCUCCAAUCUCUGCCCAGCUAUUGGCCUUCCUCAGAGUCUUCUGUAUGACCGAGGAAGAGCUGAAGGACUACCUGGUAGGAGAACAUGCCAUCAAUAAGAUCUUCACCCUGGGAAACACCGAGUUCCCUGUCAGCUGGGACAAUGAGAUCAAACUGUGGACUUUCCUGGAGACCAGGGCUGCCCUGCUGCUCCAGACCUACAAGACCAGCUCCCAGGAUGACCAGUGUGCGUUGGAGAAGCCCGGCCUCUCCUUCCACUCCCGCGUGGCCAUCCAGCUGCGCCUGGCUGAGAAGCAGAUCCUGGAGAAGGUGGUGGCCAGCGGCAAGGCCAAGCGCCUGCACUUCCAGCAGCAGCAGGAGGAGGGCGCUCCGCUGCCCCGCUAUGAGGAGAGCGACAUCGCCCUGCUGGAGAACGCCGAAGCCGACGACAAACUGCCCAUCAUCCUGAGGAAACUAGACGAUGAGGGAGACGAACAGGCAGCAGUGGAGCAGGUGUUGGCUCAGGUACAGCAGCUGGGACACGGGGGCGCAGCCAGGGAUCGAGCCCCCCUCAUAGUCAACGGAGAUGGUGGGAAGGUGGUGGUCAACGGGAAUGGUACGGACGCUAGCCCGACGGAGGACGCUAGCCCAGUCCUGGAGGUUGGAGACGCUAGCCCGAUUCAGGAGGCUAGCAAAGAAGCUAGCUCAAUCUCCUCAGACGCAGGCCGAAGUGUUAGCCAAGCCCAGGACACUAGCCCUGCUCAGGAGGGGAUAAUGUGGAUGCCAACUCCACCAUGCCUGACACUGCUGUCCCUGCAACCACCCAGGAACAGGAAGGCCAAACCAAGAACGGAGUGGGAGUGGACUUGGACCUGAGUGCGGAACGAACUGGAGACGAGCCCAAAGUCAUCAGUGAAUAGAUGGAAUCAUCAUCUAGCUAACCGUUAUUGCAGAAGAAGAGCAGCAGUCAGUCAGUCAGCCCUUUUAUAUUUCUUUAUUUUUGUCUCUCUAAAGUGACUCAGAAAUAAAGAAGGAGCUAAGAAUAAGAAAUAAAAUACAGAAUUAGAAUUUUUAAAUGGUAGAACUUUUCACUAUCUGUCCAUUUCGUUGGUUCGUCCCUCCUUCCAUGGCUUUGUUAUUGGUGCCUUUCUACCUACCAACCGCUGCCGACUGCUUGCACACUGCCAGUCAGUGUGUCUCCCCCAUCGGCCUUCUGUCUGAGCAUUAGAAGUUUGUCAUUUACAUGAAAAACUGGCUUUUUUUUUUUUUUUUAGGUUUGAACAGUGCUUUACUGGUUUACGUUGAGUUUAUUCACAUACAAGCUGUGAGAGAACUGUGGGGAUUAACAAUGGCAGGGGAUGACCCUGGUUUCAGUUCCACUACUGUAGGUGGGACAGAAGGAAAGAAAUUAGAUUUGAAUUGUAUUUAAUUUAGUCUCGAGCAAGCCAAAAUCUCAUCCUAACCCUUUACCUCUGUCAGUUUAUUACUGUAGUUUAUCUUAACGCUGCAAUAUGUGUUACUUUUUGGGAAACCAGACCAAAUUCACAUAGCAAUGGGAUUUUUAGAUCUGUCAUUUUCAUUGAUAGUAAGGUUAAGAAGUGUUAGAUCAGUUCUAUGUACGCUAUUUCUAUGUUUCCUAUUCUUAAGUUUAGUUUUUGAGUCUUUUACUUUCGCUUUAGUACACCAGCUUCAAACAACUGAAAUACAAUUUUUGGGGUUAUUGAUCAGAUAUUUCACAGCGGUUUGUUUUGUCGCAAACGGUUAUAAUUUUUGAAACCAGGAAAUGGCAGAGCGAUUUCUGCAUAUUGCACCUUUUAAUACACACCUAGUAUAAUUUCACAAUCUUUUUCUCUGGCUCUUUGUUGUCUGUUUGAGAUCAUCACUUCCCCUCUCUCUCUUCUCGCACUGCACUUCCUGGUUUUACUCAAUAGCAUUUUAAAUACAACUGAAGGAAACUGCUGGCACAAAAUGUCUUGGGCACUUCUUCUGGGAACAAUCAGUAUUUUAUUUCUUUACUCAAGAAUAUGAAGUACCAUUUGAAAUGUAAUGGAAAGGAUAAUAUGUGUGUUGAUUGAGUGAAAUUUGAUGGCUAAAAUCAGGUGAUUUGGGCCUUUUUUUUCCUCUUUCAUUUAAAACUUUAUUAUGAAUGUACCUCAGCUCUUCAAGUUGCAAAUUGAAUCAACCAAGGAUGAGUUUCUGUUGUGAUGAAGAAUAUGACUAACGCUAGUCCAUAUUAUGAGAGCCAUAAGUCAGAAUGGUGACGAAGUCAAACCUUCAGCAAGACACGACAAGACGUGGUUCACACGAAGGACUUCUGCUCAUUUCACUUAGAUGCUGGUUUUGUAGUUCGACAUCCUGAAACGGUGCAAACUAUUUUUGUUACUCCUCCCUCCACACCAGAAACGAGACAAACAAACCGUUAAUAAAGAGGUCUCUGAUCCAAUUUUCAACGUA